AUGAGAGAGUUCAAGAACUUGGAGUCAAUUGGUGUUCCAUUCCCGAAGAAUCAGUCUAUGAGAAUAUACUCUUCUCUUUGGAAUGCUGACAACUGGGCUACUAGAGGUGGACUUGUGAAGACAGAUUGGACUCAAGCUCCUUUCACUGCUUCCUACAGAAACUUCAGUGCUGAUGCUUGUAUUUGGUCUAAUGGAGCAUCUUCUUGCAAUUUUAACUCAACUUCUUCUUCAUCCAGCAAUGGUACUUGGUUCUCCGAAGGGCUUGAUGCUACAAGUCAAGAGAGACUGAAAUGGGUUCAGAAUAACUACAUGAUAUACAAUUACUGCACAGAUACCAAGAGAUUUCCCCGGGGCCUUCCUGCAGAAUGUAGCUCCACCUUUUAG